GGUGGGGAGCCCGUUCUGAGAAUCAGGCUGGACUCCCCCGUUCGCCUCUACCGCCUCCCAGACCUCUACCCCCUGGGAAAACCAGCGGGGCCUCAGUCUAUUUAUCUGAAAGGUGGGUUGACAACAUGCCUGCCUGGAUGCUGGACCAGGCCAGUGGACGACAGGCUGUGAGUGGAAGAGAAGCAGUCAGGUCACGGCCACUGGGGCUGCCUGGCCUCUAGAUGAGGGACAAAGGGGCAGCGCGGAGGCCAGAGUGCUUUUCCAUCCCAGAGGCCCUGAGCUGCACGUCCAGAAGUGCACACUGGGUGUGAGAGGGAGCAGACACAGGCGCGUGCCCUCGAGGUUGGACCGGGCCUCUGUGGGUGGGCCAUGACUGAGGAGUUGUUUCCAUGGCAGGAGGCCCGCCCCCAGAAGGGGCACAGGUGGGGUGGAACCUUCCUGCCCAGAGGCCUGUGGUGUGGACAGGACCUGGGGUGAGCAAUGGGAGGCCUGGCCCCAGGGCAAGCUCUGUAAAGACUCGGUGUGACCUUGGGCAGGGCCUGGUACCCAGGAGGCAACCUGGCUCUGACUCCAGCUGCGACCUCAGUCUGGAGGGGCAGCAACAAAAGGGGGUCUGUGCUCUUCAGGACAGUGGCCAGGGAGUGUGUGUAAAGGGGGGUGGGGGGUGGGGGGCUUUGCUGUCCUCUGUGCCAGGCCCCUUUGCUCUAGGGUGGGUCCAGCAGUGACCUGGCCGGUGCCACUCUAAGGUUAGGAGUCCAGCAGGGUGCCCCAAGGGCCCAGGGCCGGAAGACUGUCUCACAGAGCAAUCAAUCCAUCCGAGGCACCUCUGGGUCAGGCCUCAGGUGCGCUGGGCCAGGACAAGCGUAGGACAGGAGUGGAGAGGCCCGAGGAUCCUCACGGUGCCGGCCCGGCAAGGACAGACCUCCCGGCCUCAGUCCCCAUCUGUGAAAUGGGCGGGGUGGGGUGGCCUUCAGGGAGAGUUCUCAGUCCACUUUCACAGCCGGUCACAGCGCCCACAUGGCCGGGCCCCUGCCGAGGCAAACCGAAGCCGGUCCCGCCCCGGGGGGAGCCGCGGGAGGGGCCACAGGAUCUCCUUCCGCGCCGGCGCUCACUAGCGCCCUGUGCCGUUCUGGGGCUCCCUGACCCCAGCGGCCCGGGCGCUGGCCUAUACGGUAGCAGACUAGCAGACGGGGAGAGCGCCUACUCCAGGCAAUACGGCGGCGGCUCCUCCCUUGGCGUGGUCACGUCCCCCACGUCCCUCGGCCCAGCGGAGAGCGGGGUGGCAAGGCGGAGCUUGCUCCCUUCCCACACCCCUCCCUGUCUCUACCCUGCUGGUGACCGCCCAGCCCCACCAAGGUCGGCCCGACCCCCACCUGCCACCAGGCCCAAUAGGGUGGCGAUGGGAGGGGCCCCUCCUGGUUACUGAGGUUGGCCGUGCAGAGCCCUUCUUGGCCUUGGCCUUAAAACACUAGCUUUGGGGGGCGGGGUGGGGGUGGGGGUUACAGGGAGUCGAGCAGUGGGACAAGAUGGCCAUGUGAUGGGCAGGCUGGGCAGGGUUCAGGACUAGAGGGGGUUGCUUUGAGCCUGCUCUAGCCACCACUCUGAGCCCUCCAGACCAGGGGGCUCUGACAGGGUGAGCCCAAAACCAUACACAGGACCACAGCCCCCAGCCCCCUCCUUGUCACAUGAGGCAUCAUGUUGGAGAGGGGCUGGCCCCAGGGCAGGGUGUUUUCACACCACUGGCCUCUGCAAGAUGUAAGAGCUUUGGGAGCGCCCUGGGGGACUCCGUGAUCAGUGGAUGUGGUGUGGAGGGCCCAGGCUGGCUUAGCACGCUUGGGUCAUGCCUGGGGCAGACCUUCACCCAGUGCUCAGGGCCCAUCUCCCCAGAAAAAGCCCCAGACACCUCCCUCCAGUCAACAGCUCUGCCCACAGGUGGGGGCAGGGCGGAGGUGGGCAUCUGGGGUCUUGUGUCAGCCCUGGGAAGCGGACAAGCACCCAGACCAGUGUUGCUUCCUGAGCGCCGGGUGGAUGGAGGCAUCCGGAUAUAUGUUACCUAUUUGCACAACAGGGACAGCGGGGAAAGGGAGCUAGGGAGCCUGGGAGGCUCUCCCUCCUCCUGAAGGUGUGGCACUCUUCUGUCAACCACCCCCUAUGCUUCAGGGACCUUGGGGCUCAACUGAAGCCAGGUGCGAGCCACAACGGGGCUGUUUCUUUGGUGCCCAGGCGCGUGUCCCAGGCGUCCUGGUGCAGGAAGAGCCCAGGACGGAAUGCAAUUGCUCCUCUCCUGCCCCGCCCGCCCGGAGCUGGUCUUUGAGGACUGGAAGUCUGGCUAGUUAACUAGCCGAUCUCCCCAGGAGGCGAACCUACAGGCUCUAGAGUUGGAGGCCACCGCGGCGCACCUCAGGGACACGGCCUGCCCUGGAAGCGCACGGGCCAGAGACCCAGGAUCCAAGAUGGCCAGCGUCUGUCUCCUGAGGACCAAGGGAACCUCCAGGGAGGGCCCAGCCCUGGCCGGCAGCAGCUCAGCAAAAAACAGGCCAUCUAAGAGCUAGUCUUUGGCCGCUGGCAGGAGAGGAGAGGGCUGCGGUCCGGGCAGCACCUGCACUGAGGAGACGCUCUCCUGGGACCAGCCUCUGUCUGGGACGCACAACCUGUCCUCCUGGCCAUGGGCGGCGCCGUGGUUGACGAGGGUCCCACCGGCAUCAAGGCCCCUGAUGGGGGCUGGGGCUGGGCCGUCCUCUUCGGCUGCUUCGUCAUCACGGGCUUCUCCUACGCCUUCCCCAAGGCGGUCAGCGUCUUCUUCAAGGAGCUCAUGCGUGAGUUUGGGAUCGGCUACAGUGACACGGCCUGGAUCUCCUCCAUCCUGCUGGCCAUGCUGUACGGGACAGGCCCACUCUGCAGCGUGUGUGUGAACCGCUUUGGCUGCCGGCCCGUCAUGCUCGCGGGUGGCCUCCUGGCAUCCCUGGGCAUGGGGGCUGCGUCCUUCUGUGGAAGCAUCAUCCAGCUCUACCUCACCACCGGCGUCCUCACCGGCUUGGGCUUGGCACUCAACUUCCAGCCCUCCCUCAUCAUGCUCAACCGCUAUUUCAACAAGAGGCGCCCCAUGGCCAAUGGGCUGGCGGCCGCGGGCAGCCCCGUGUUCCUGUGCGCCCUGUCCCCGCUGGGGCAGCUGCUGCAGGACCACUAUGGCUGGCGGGGCGGCUUCCUCAUCCUGGGGGGCCUCCUGCUCAACUGCUGCGUGUGCGCCGCGCUCAUGAGGCCCCUGGAGGCAUCCCGGCCGGGUUCGGGGCCCGGGCCCCAGCGGCCAGCCAGGCGGCUGCUGGACCUGAGCGUCUUCCGGGACCGUGGCUUUGUCAUCUACGCCGUGGCCGCCUCCAUCAUGGUGCUGGGGCUCUUUGUGCCCCCCGUGUUCGUGGUGAGCUAUGCCAAGGACCUGGGUGUGCCCGACACCCAGGCUGCCUUCCUGCUCACCGUCCUGGGCUUCAUCGAUAUCUUCGCCCGGCCCGCCGCGGGCUUCAUCACGGGGCUUAAGAAGGUGCGACCGUACUCCGUCUACCUCUUCAGCUUCUCUAUGUUCUUCAACGGCUUCACGGACCUCACGGGGUCCACGGCCAGCGACUACGGUGGCCUGGUGGUCUUCUGCAUCUUCUUCGGCAUCUCCUACGGCAUGGUGGGGGCCCUGCAGUUCGAGGUGCUCAUGGCGAUUGUGGGCACCCAGAAGUUCUCCAGUGCCAUUGGCCUCGUGCUGCUGCUGGAGGCCAUUGCCGUGCUCAUUGGGCCCCCGUCGGGCGGCAAGCUCCUGGACGCGACGCACGUCUACCAGUACGUGUUUCUCCUGGCAGGGGCCCAGGUGCUGACCUCCUCCCUCGUGCUGGUGCUGGGCAACUUCUUCUGCAUUAAGAAGAGGCCCGAGGCGGCUGCGGAGGAGGGGGAGCGCCACAAGCCCCCCGCGGACGUGAGGGUGGACUCUCGGGAGGUGGAACACUUCCUGAAAGCAGAGCCUGAGAAAAACGGGGAGGUGGUUCACACCCCAGAAACGAGCGUCUGAGCCGAGGAGGCCAGCAGGGGUGAGGGAACCGGACAGAGACUUCAAGGCUCGUGUUUAUUUCACAAACAGGACCGGCUUGGGUGGGGCCGUCUGUGUGUCUCGGGGGGCUGGUGAGGUGGGGACCGUGUCAUUCCAAAGCAGGUCUGUGGUAGAGCCAAGCCUCGAGGUUACAAGCCGUCUGCACCAGGACACAGCCUGCUGACCCCAGAGCAGCCUGGUGCCCACCGCUGUGCUCAGGGACCUAGAAACCCAUGCUUCAGAGACAACACGACCGGGGUCAGGGGCGGAGCGGCACCGUCUCGGGAGAGACACCCCCCCCCCCCCACCAUGUGGCUGGCUGCACCCCGUCCCGCCCCACCUCCACCACGGCGCUCUAGCCCGCCCCUCGCCGAGUGUUGGGGGACAAACCUUCCUUCCUCCGCUUCUGAAGGUCUGAAAUAAACCCGCGUAUGGGAGGA